GAGCAGAGAGUUUCAACGGGAAGGUGCUGUUUGGUUGGACACAAAUCAGCAAACGUUUAGCUGAAGCUGAAUAAUUCAAGCGUGCACGAAGAGCUUUCUGAAGAGAAAAAAAACCCGCAAGAAUAAAAAAAAGAGAAAAUCUUCAAACAUUUGCAUCAGCCUUGGAGGACAAUACAAGCAGCAGGAUUUGAAACAGAUUUACAGAUGCACUCUCUUUAGGCAGGGAGAGUGCUCAUUAAAUGCAAGAUGCUUCUGUGGCUCGUGGGCUUGCACGGAGGUAGAGGUUUGCAAGACUGACGUAUCAGAUAAAGUCAGAGUGGUUACCACACCGACGGUGUAGCAGCUGCAUAAUAAAUGAUGGAGAGAAUCAUGUUAGGCAUGCCCACCUAAGCUAACUUGAAUCAUGCGAGAGGGGAGCUGCUGGAAUUCAAAUAGACUUUCUGGUUCCCAGCAGUCGGCAGUAAUAGAAUGCUUUCAGGAAGAUGACAGAUGCAGGGGAAAGAUGCUGUUUUGCACUAUCUUGAUUUGUUACGGCAGCCAACUUAUUGGCAUGAUGGAGUGACAAGAAAAGCAGCUGGCAUGGAAGAUGAACGGGAAGAUGUUCAAAAGAAAACUUUCACAAAAUGGAUAAAUGCACAGUUUGCUAAGUUUGGAAGACGUCACAUUGAAGACCUUUUUAAUGAUUUUCGAGAUGGACGAAGACUUCUGGAGCUCCUGGAAUACCUUACAGGCCAAAAACUUGCGAAAGAAAAGGGCUCCACAAAAGUUCAUGCUCUGAACAAUGUCAACAAAGCAAUCCACUUUUUGCAGAGAAAUAAUGUUGAUUUGGUAAAUAUAGGGAGCUCAGAUAUUGUGGAUGGAAAUCAUAAGCUGACCCUUGGUUUGAUCUGGAAUAUAAUCCUCCACUGGCAGGUCAAAGAUGUAAUGAAAAACAUCAUGGCUGGGCUGCAGCAGACAAACAGUGAGAUGAUUCUGCUGAGCUGGGUCCGUCAAUCGACUCGCAAUUACCCACAGGUCAACGUUACCAAUUUCACCACCAGCUGGUCUGAUGGAUUGGCCUUCAACGCACUCCUCCACAGCCACAGACCAGACCUAUUUGAUUGGAAUGCCGUUGCUUCUCAGCAGUCUCCUGUACAACGAUUAGACCAUGCAUUCACCAUAGCCAGGAAACACCUGGGAAUAGAGAAACUCCUUGAUCCUGAAGAUGUUGCAACUGCCUAUCCAGAUAAAAAGUCCAUCAUAAUGUAUGUGACUUCGCUCUUUCAAGCCCUGCCCCAGCAAGUAACCAUGGAAGCCAUCAGGGAGGUGGAGAUGUUGCCACGGCACACAAGGAUUACUAGAGAAGAGCACGUAGAGGUACACGAACAGCAUUUUUCACAAGAAAUCACAGUCAGUGUUCCCCAGGGACCUUCGCCUUCUCCUAAACCGCGGUUCAAAAGUUACGCGUAUGCACAAGCGGUGUAUGUCACAUCCCCUGACCAAAAAAGGAGGCAGGUUCCUCCACAGUUUUUAGCAAGUGUUGAAGAAAAGAAGUUUAGCACCGUGCGGAUGGGGGCUGGAGAUCUUGAAAACUACCAAACUGCUUUAGAAGAAGUACUCACGUGGCUUCUCUCUGCUGAAGAUGCAUUACAAGCACAAGGAGAUAUAUCCAGUGAUGUAGAAGUUGUUAAAGAACAGUUUCAUACCCAUGAGGGGUUUAUGAUGGAGUUAACAGCUCACCAAGGACGUGUUGGUAAUGUUUUGCAAGUUGGAAGUCAACUUCUAUCAACUGGAAAACUUUCAGAUGAGGAAGAGAAUGAAAUCCAAGAACAAAUGAAUCUGCUUAAUUCUCGUUGGGAAAGUCUCAGGGUAGCAAGUAUGGAAAAACAAAGCAAUUUACAUAAAAUCCUAAUGGAUCUGCAGAAUCAGCAGCUAGCCCAGCUAGCUGAUUGGCUGACAAAAACAGAGGAAAGGACAAAGAAAACUGAUUUGGAGCCCUUAGGUCCAGAUCUAGAGGACCUAAAGCGCCAAAUAGAAGAGCAUAAGGCAUUUCAAGAAGAUCUGGAGCAGGAACAAGUCAAGGUGAAUUCCCUAACUCAUAUGGUAGUGGUGGUAGAUGAAAACAGUGGUGACAGAGCUACUGCUGCACUGGAAGAGCAGCUUCAGCACUUUGGAAAACGGUGGGCAGCCAUCUGUAGAUGGACAGAAGAACGAUGGGUCCUUCUGCAAGAUAUUCUUCGUAAAUGGCAGCAUUUUGCAGAAGAGCAGUGCCUUUUUGAUGCAUGGCUUACUGAGAAAGAGGAUGCUGUGAGCAAAAUUCAUACAACUGGCUUUGGGGAUCAGAAUGAAAUGCUGACCAAUCUAAGCAAAUUGGCUAUCCUAAAAGGAGAUCUAGAAAUGAAAAGGCAAAUGAUGAGUAAGCUGAAGUUGCUCAGCCAAGAUCUCCUUGUAGCUGUGAAAAAUAAAGCAGUGGCUCAAAAGCUGGAAAGUCGUCUUGAAAAUUUUGCUCAGCGCUGGGAAAGCCUUGUGCAGAAGGUGGAGAGCAACUCUAAACAGAUUUCGCAGGCUGUCACUACCACUCAGACAUCACUAACACAGACAACUGUAAUGGAAACUGUAACUAUGGUGACCACAAGAGAGCAAAUCCUGGUUAAGCAUGCUAAAGAGGAACUCCCACCACCUCCACCCCACAAAAAAAGGCAACUCCUUGUGGAUUCAGAAAUUAGAAAGAGGUUUGACUCGGACACCACGGAGCUGCACAGCUGGAUGACCCGCUCCGAGGCACUGCUGCAGAGCCCUGAGUUUGCCAUCUUCAGGAAAGAAGGGAACCUCUCGGACCUCAGAGAAAGAGUCAAUGCCAUCCAGCGAGAAAAGCCUGAGAAGUACAGAAAACUGCAAGAUGCCAGCAGAUCAGCUGAGGCCCUGGUGGAACAGAUGGUGAAUGAGGGUCUGAAUCCUGACAACAUUAGACAAGCCUCAGAGCAGCUGAAGAGCCGCUGGAUUGAGUUCUGUCAGUUGCUGAGUGAAAGACUGGCAUGGCUGGAGUACCAAAAUAACAUCAUUGACUUCUACUCCCAGCUGCAGCAACUGGAGCAGACAGCAAUUGCUGCAGAAAACUGGCUGAAAACACAACCCUCACCAGCAACAGAUCCUGCUACAGUAAAAACUCAGUUAGAAAGAUGCAAGGAUGAAAUAAUUCGAAUGUCAACCCUGCAGCCUCAGAUUGAAAGGCUAAAGGCUCAAAGUCAAGGACUCAAAGAGAAAGAACAAGCACCAGUGUUUCUGGAUGCUGACCUUGCUGCUUUUACCAGCCAUUUCAAACAAAUAUUUGCUGACAUGCAUGCCAGAGAAAAGCAGCUACAGACCAUUUUUGACAGUUUGCCUCCUGCACACUACAAGGAAACAAUGAACACUAUACUUGUGUGGAUGCAGCAGUCAGAAACUAAACUCUCCAUGCCUCAGGUUGCAAUAGCUGAAUAUGAAAUCAUGGAGCAGAGACUCAGGGAGUUAAAGGCUCUACAAAGUUCUCUGCAAGAGCAGCAGAAAGGGCUGACCUAUCUCAGCACGACUGUGGAAGACCUGUCCAGGAAAGCCCCUGCAGAGGUCAGCCAGAGUUACCGGUCCGAGGUUGAGGUGGUGCUUGGCCGCUGGAAGAAGCUCUCGGCACAGCUGGCAGAGCAGUGCCAGAAGCUGGAGGAGCGCAUGACCAAACUCCAGCGAUUCCAGAAUGACACUAGAACACUGAAGAAGUGGAUGGCUGAAGUGGAUGUUUUUCUGAAGGAAGAGUGGCCUGCCCUUGGAGACUCAGAAGCCCUGGAAAAGCAACUUGAGCAAUGUACAGCUUUAGUAAAUGAUAUCCAGACCAUCCAGCCCAGUUUGAACAGUGUUAAUGAGACUGGGAAGAAAAUGAAGAGUGAAGCAGAGCCAGAAUUUGCUUCCAGAAUAGAGUCAGAGCUAAAGGAUCUCAACGCUCAGUGGGACCACAUUUGCAAACAGGCCUAUGCUAAGAAGGCUGCAUUGAAAGGUGGUUUGGAUAAGACUGUGAGUCUCAGAAAGGAUUUGUCUGAGAUGCACGAGUGGAUAACACAAGCUGAGGAAGAAUAUCUGGAAAGAGAUUUUGAGUAUAAAACACCUGAGGAGUUACAGAAAGCUGUUGAGGAACUGAAGAGAGCAAAGGAGGAAGCCCUGCAGAAAGAAGUGAAAGUGAAGCUUAUUACAGAUUCCGUGAAUAACUUUAUAGCAAAGGCUCCACCUGCAGCUCAUGAGGCUUUGAAAAAGGAGCUUAAUGUUCUAAUUACCAGCUACCAGCAGCUCUGCAGCAGGCUGAAUGGAAAGUGGAAGACUUUGGAGGAGGUAUGGGCAUGUUGGCGUGAAUUAUUGUCAUAUUUGGAUGCAGAAAAUAAAUGGUUGAAUGAGAUUGAACUGAAACUCAAAGCAACUGAAAAUGUCCAGGGAGGUGCAGAAGAGAUUUCUGAAUCUUUAGAUUCUUUGGAACGUUUAAUGAGACAUCCAGAAGAUAAUCGCAACCAGAUUCGGGAACUGGCUCAGACUUUGACAGAUGGUGGCAUCUUGGAUGAAUUGAUCAACGAGAAACUUGAGAAGUUCAACAGUCGGUGGGAAGAACUUCAGCAGGAGGCCGUGAGAAGACAGAAAAGUCUUGAGCAGAGUAUUCAAUCUGCACAGGAGACUGACAAAACUCUGCGCUUGAUCCAGGAGUCUCUGGCUGUUAUUGACAAACAGUUAACAGCCUACACUGCAGACAGAGUGGAUGCAGCACAGGUCCCUCAGGAAGCACAGAAAAUACAAUCUGAAUUAACAAGCCACGAGAUUAGUUUGGAAGAAAUGAAGAAACGAAACCGGGGUAAAGAUGCUGCCAAAAGAGUGCUUUCCCAAAUUGAUGUGGCACAGAAAAAGCUGCAGGAUGUGUCCAUGAAGUUUCGCCUGUUUCAAAAGCCAGCCAACUUUGAACAGCGUCUCCAAGAAUGCAAAAGAAUUCUAGAUGAAGUGAAAUUGCAGGUGCCCAAGCUGGAGAUGAAGAGUGUUGAGCAGGAAGUAGUACAAUCACAGCUGGACCAUUGCAUGAAAUUAUAUAAAAACCUGAGUGAGGUGAAGUCUGAAGUGGAAACAGUGAUAAAAACUGGGAGGCAGAUUGUUCAGAAGCAGCAGACUGAGAAUCCAAAGGAACUGGAUGAAAGGCUUACAGCUUUGAAGCUGCAAUAUAAUGAAUUGGGUGCAAAGGUGACAGAAAAAAAGCAAGAGUUAGAGAAAUGUUUGAAAUUGUCCCGGAAACUGCGGAAAGAGAUCAAUGCUCUGACAGAGUGGCUCGCAGCGACAGACGCGGAACUGACAAAGAGAUCGGCUGUGCAGGGGAUGCCGAGCAAUUUGGAUGCUGAAAUUGCCUGGGGCAAGGCAACACGGAAAGAGAUUGAGAAACGCCAGGUCCAGCUGAAGAGCAUCAGUGACUUAGGAGAGAAUUUGAAGACGGUGAUGAAAGGAAAGGAAAGUCUUGUGGAUGAUAAACUCAGCCUGCUGAACAGUAACUGGAAAGCGGUAACUUCACGUGCUGAGGAAUGGUUCAAUCUCUUACUGGAAUAUCAAAAGCACAUGGAGGCUUUUGAUCAGAAUGUAGCUAAUGUCACUACUUGGAUGUAUCGUGCUGAAAUACUGUUGGAUGAAUCUGACAAACAAAAACCCCAGCAAAAAGAGGAAAUUCUUAAGCGCUUAAAGGCUGAGCUGAAUGACAUUCACCCCAAGGUGGACUCUGUGCGUGACCAGGCCAGAGACUUGAUGGCAAACCGUGGGGACCACUGCAGGAAAGUGGUAGAGCCUAAACUCUCAGAGCUCAACCAGCGAUUUGCAGCUAUAUCACAGAGAAUUAAGAGUGUAAAGCCCUUCAUUCCUUUGAAGGAAUUGGAGCAAUUUGACUUCGAUAUACAAAAAAUGCUUGAACCACUGGAGGUUGAAAUUCAGCAGGGAGUGAAUCUGAAAGAGGAGGACUUCAAUAAAGAUAUGAGUGAAGAGGAUGAGAGCACAGUGAAAGAAUUGCUGCAAAGGGGCGACAGGCUUCAAAAGGGAGUCACAGAUGAGAAAAAACGUGAGGAAAUAAAGACAAAACAACAGCUGUUGCGGACUAAACAUAAUGCCCUCAAGGACUUGAGAGCUCAAAGAAGAAAAAAGGCUUUAGAGAUUUCUCAUCAAUGGUAUCAGUACAAGAGGCAGGCUGAUGACCUAAUGACAUGGCUGGAUGACAUUGAGAAAAAGUUAGCCGGUCUGCCAGACCACAAAGAUGAGCAGAAGCUGAAGGAGAUUGGUGGAGAAUUGGAGAAGAAGAAGGAAGAUCUGAAUGCGGUGCACAGGCAGGCUGAACGCCUGUCUAAGGAUGGGGCUGCAAAAGCAGUGGAGCCAACCCUGAUACAGCUCAGCAAGCGCUGGCAAGAUUUUGAGAGCAAAUUUGCUCAGUUUCGAAGACUCAACUAUGCACAAAUUCAAACAGUUCGUGAAGAUACAACUUUUGUGAUGACUGAAACUAGGACUGUGGAAACCACUCAUGUGCCUUCUACAUACCUGGCAGAGAUCCUUCACCUUCUGCAAGCCUUGUCUGAAGUGGAAGAGCGCCUUAAUUCUCCUGUUCUGCAGGCUAAGGACUGUGAGGACCUCUUCAAACAAGAAGAGUGCCUCAAGAGCAUUAAGGAUAGCCUGGGGAGACUGCAAGGUCAUGUAGAAAUUAUUAACAAGAAGAAGACAUCGGCUUUGAAAAAUGUUACACCAAAGGAAGCUGCAAAUAUACAAGAAAAGCUGACUCAACUUAAUUUUGAAUGGGAGAAAGUUAACAAGAUGUACAGGGACCGACAGGCACGGUUUGACAAAUCAUUGGAAAAGUGGCAGAUUUUUCAUUCUGACAUGAAGAGAUUUAAUCAUUGGCUGAGUGAAACUGAAGAGAAGCUGUCAAGAGCACAGAUAGAGGCUGGAGAUGUGGGGCUUGUGAAAACCAAGCAAUUUAUCCAGGAGCUUCAAGAUGGCAUUGGGCAGCAGCAAACUGUUGUCAAAACACUGAAUGCAACUGGUGAAGAGAUUAUUGGGCAGUCAUCGAAGGCAGAUGCCAAGGUGCUGAAGGAACAACUGGAAAGUUUGAAUAACCGGUGGAAGGAGAUCUGCAAACAGUUGGUAGAGAAAAAAAAGAGGAUAGAGGAAGAAAAGAAUAUUUUAUCAGAAUUUCAAGAGGAUUUGAACAAGUUGAUUUUAUGGUUAGAGGAAACAGACAACGUUAUUUGUAUUCCCCUUGAACAAGGGAAUGAAGACCAGUUGAGAGACUGUCUGAGCAAAGUAAAGUUAAGAGUUGGAGAGCUGCCGCCCCACAAGGGAAUACUGAGACGAUUAAAUGAAACUGGAGGAAUAGCACUUGGAAGUGCAUCGCUGAACCCAGACAAAAAACAUAAGCUUGAGGGUACACUGAAGGAGGCUAACCAUCGUUUGUUAAAGGUGUCCAAAGAUCUUCCAGAAAAACAAAAAGAAAUAGAGAUUCUACUAAAGGAUUUUGUUGAACUUGAUCAACAGCUAAAUCAGGUGAUACUGUGGGUAACGCCUGUCAAGAACCAGCUAGAGCUUUACAACAAAGUGGGUCAGCCAGGAGCCUUUGAUAUUAAGGAAACUGAAGCAGCAGUGCAGGCUAAACAGCCGAAUGUGGAAGAGGUUUUGUCUAAAGGGUGUCAUUUAUACAAGGAAAAACCAGCCACUCAUCCAGUAAAGAAAAAAUUAGAAGACUUGAAUGCUGACUGGAAGGCAAUACAACACUUAAUUCAACAACUAAAGGAAAAGCCAGCAUUAGCAGCCUUUGGCCAUCUAUCUACAGGUGUCUUAACUCCUGGUGAAACUGUUGCUGUGGAUACACAAACCAGGGUAACCAAGGAAACCACCACCUUCAAACCAGAAAUGCCAUCUUCUGUGCUUUUGGAGGUUCCAGCCUUGGCUGACUUCAAUAAGGCAUGGGCAGAACUCACUGACUGGCUUUCUCGACUGGAUCGAGAGAUAAAAUCUCAGAGAGUGAAAGUAGGUGAUCUUGAUGACAUCAACAACAUGAUCAUCAAACAAAAGGCAAUACUACAGGAUCUGGAGCAAAGACGUCCCCAGCUGGAUGAACUAAUAACUGCAGCACAAAAUCUAAAAAACAAGACAAGCAAUCAAGAGGCCCGGACAAUAAUUACUGACCGCAUUGAAAAGAUACAGAGCCAGUGGGAUGAAGUGCAUGGAUACCUCCAAAACCGGAGACAGCAACUUCAAGAGAUGCUGAAGGACUCAACACAGUGGCUGGAAGCUAAACGAGAAGCUGAGCAGGUUCUUGAAAAAGCAAAAGCUAAGCUUGAGUCAUGGAAAGAAAUUUCCUACACCGUGGAAGCUUUGAAAAAGCAGAACACAGAACUUAAGCAAUUUUCAAAAGAAAUACGACAAUGGCAAAUAAAUGUAGAUGUGGCAAAUGACCUGGCUCUUAAACUGCUCCGUGAUUAUUCAGCAGAUGACACCAGAAAGGUACAGCUGAUGACAGAUAGUGUUAAUGCAUCCUGGGCUGCCAUUAAUAAAAGGGUUUGUGAACGUGAAGCAGCUCUGGAAUCAGCCCUAAGAAUGUUGCAGCAAUUCUACCUGGAUCUUGAAAAGUUCCUUGCUUGGCUUACAGAAGCUGAAACAACUGCAAAUGUCCUGCAGGAUGCUACACACAAAGAAAAGACACUAGAGGAUGCCAAAAUGGUUCGGGACCUCAUGAAACAGUGGCAGGAACUACAGGCAGAAAUUGAUGCUCACACUGACAUCUUUCACAACCUGGAUGAAAAUGGGCAGAAAAUCCUGAGAUCCCUGGAAGGCUCUGAGGAUGCAACCCUGCUGCAGAGACGUCUGGAUAACAUGAACCUCAGAUGGAGUGAACUUAGGAAGAAAUCUCUAAACAUUAGAUCCCAUUUGGAAGCCAGUACCGACCAGUGGAAGCGAUUGCAUCUCUCUCUUCAGGAACUUUUGGCAUGGCUGCAGUUGAAGGAGGAUGAAUUAAAACAGCAAGCACCCAUUGGUGGAGAUCUUCCCACUGUGCAGAAACAGAAUGAUAUUCAUCGGACUUUCAAGAGGGAGCUAAAAACAAAAGAACCUGUUAUCAGGAGUGCCCUUGAGACUGUGCGAAUCUUCCUGGCUGAGCAGCCCGUGGAGGCAGUGGAGAAGGUCUGCCCAGAGCCCAGAGAUCUGUCACCUGAGGAGAGAGCCCACAAUGUCAACAAACUUCUGCAAAGGCAAGCAGAUGAGGUCAGAACUGAGUGGGAUAAGCUGAAUCUACAGUCUGCUGAUUGGCAAAAGAAGAUUGACGAUGCUCUCGAAAGACUGCAGGGCCUUCAGGAGGCCAUGGAUGAACUGGACCUGAAGCUGCGCCAGGCUGAGGCAUUCAAGGGAUCCUGGCAGCCAGUGGGGGAUCUGCUCAUCGACUCUCUGCAGGAUCACUUGGAAAAAGUCAAGGUUUAUCGAGCAGAACUUGUUCCCCUGAAGGAGAAGGUGCAUCACGUCAAUGAGCUCGCUCACCGCUUCACUCCCCCCGACAUUCAACUCUCCCAGUACAAUCUCAGCUGUGUGGAAGACCUGAACACAAGGUGGAAGGUGCUGCAGGUGGCCGUUGAUGAGCGCAUCAAACAACUGCAUGAAGCUCACAGGGAUUUUGGCCCUACUUCCCAACAUUUUCUUACCACUUCUGUCCAAGGCCCCUGGGAGAGGGCAAUCUCACCAAACAAAGUGCCAUAUUAUAUCAACCAUGAGACGCAAACGACCUGCUGGGAUCAUCCCAAGAUGACUGAGCUGUACCAGUCAUUAGCUGACCUGAACAACGUCAGGUUCUCGGCGUACAGGACUGCCAUGAAACUCCGCAGGCUGCAGAAGGCUCUCUGCUUGGAUCUCCUGAGUCUGUCUGCUGCCUGUGAUGCCUUGGACCAGCACAACCUCAAACAGAACGACCAGCCAAUGGACAUUCUGCAGAUCAUUAACUGCCUGACCACCAUUUACGAUCGACUGGAGCAAGAGCACAAUAACCUGGUCAACGUCCCCCUCUGCGUGGACAUGUGCCUCAACUGGCUUCUGAAUGUCUAUGACACGGGUCGAACAGGAAGGAUCCGUGUCUUAUCUUUCAAAACCGGUGUCGUGUCCCUUUGUAAAGCACACCUGGAAGAUAAAUACAGAUACCUGUUCAAACAAGUGGCAAGUUCCACUGGCUUCUGUGACCAGCGCCGGCUGGGGCUGCUGCUGCACGACUCCAUCCAGAUCCCCCGGCAGCUGGGGGAGGUGGCCUCCUUCGGCGGCAGCAACAUCGAGCCGAGCGUCAGGAGCUGCUUCCAGUUUGCCAACAACAAACCAGAGAUUGAAGCAGCCCUUUUCCUGGACUGGAUGAGGCUGGAGCCACAGUCCAUGGUGUGGUUGCCUGUCCUGCACAGGGUGGCUGCUGCUGAGACUGCCAAGCACCAAGCCAAGUGCAACAUCUGUAAGGAGUGCCCCAUUAUUGGAUUCAGGUACAGAAGUUUAAAGCACUUUAACUAUGACAUCUGCCAAAGUUGCUUCUUCUCUGGCCGUGUUGCUAAAGGUCACAAAAUGCACUAUCCUAUGGUGGAAUACUGCACACCAACAACUUCAGGAGAAGAUGUCCGUGACUUUGCCAAGGUACUAAAAAACAAAUUUCGAACAAAAAGAUAUUUUGCAAAGCACCCACGAAUGGGCUACCUGCCUGUGCAGACUGUCUUGGAGGGAGACAACAUGGAAACUCCUGUUACUCUGAUCAACUUCUGGCCAGUAGAUUCUGCGCCUGCCUCGUCCCCUCAGCUCUCACACGAUGAUACUCAUUCACGCAUUGAACAUUAUGCUAGCAGGCUAGCAGAAAUGGAGAACACCAAUGGUUCUUACCUAAAUGACAGUAUUUCACCUAAUGAGAGCAUCGAUGAUGAACACUUGUUAAUCCAGCACUACUGCCAAAGUCUGAACCAGGAGUCCCCCCUGAGCCAGCCCCGAAGCCCUGCCCAGAUCCUGAUUUCUCUGGAGAGUGAGGAAAGAGGGGAGCUGGAGAGAAUCCUCGCAGACCUGGAGGAGGAAAACAGGAACCUGCAGGCAGAGUACGACCGCUUGAAGCAGCAGCACGAGCACAAGGGUCUGUCUCCACUGCCGUCCCCCCCGGAGAUGAUGCCGGUCUCCCCGCAGAGCCCCCGCGACGCUGAGCUCAUUGCGGAAGCCAAGCUGCUUCGCCAGCACAAGGGCCGCCUGGAGGCCAGGAUGCAGAUCCUGGAGGAUCACAACAAACAGCUGGAAUCGCAGCUGCACAGGCUGAGGCAGCUGCUGGAGCAGCCACAGGCAGAUGCCAAGGUGAAUGGUACAACACUGUCAUCUCCUUCUACCUCUUUGCAGAGGUCAGGCAGCAGUCAGCCAAUGCUUCUUCGUGUAGUUGGCAGCCAGACUUCAGAAACCAUGGGUGAGGAUGAGCUGCUCAGCCCUCCCCAGGACACAAGCACAGGUUUGGAGGAAGUGAUGGAGCAGCUCAACAACUCCUUCCCCAGCUCCAGAGGGGGUUGUGUUUUGGUAUCAGGCUUUUUGCUGCUCUUUGUUUUCAUUUCAACAAUAGCUGUAGGGAAACCUGUCUCGUUUAGAGUGGAGGAGCAGCCUGUUCCUCCUUACCUUAAGCUACCUCCACAGGUAGCCCUAGCUAGAUAUGUGGAUGAGACAAUGCCUUUGUGAGACUCUUUCUUCCCCAAGCAUUUUCUUUGCUUCCUUUUUGCCAUGUUCCUUUUAUCCCAGCUUUCCUUCUGUCCUUAUCCUUCUCCAAGACUGUGGUUUGAAAUAGAGUUCUAAGUCAGAGUUCUCAACCAUGCAGCCCUCAGGUCCAGAGGCACAGAGGGAAACAAGUGGGAUGCUUGUUUGUGCAGCAUAGGCUGCACUUGUUCAUACAGCCACAGCCUUUCUUCCAAUGUUUCCAUUUAUCUCGUCCCUGUUGUUUCCUAAAAAUAGGCAUUUGUAUUGCCAGAAUUUAUUUAUCCAAUCUUUUUUCAUUUAAGCUCUCUUCUGAGCCCAGAAGAAAAUACUCUGCUGCCAAGAAAAAUGGCUGAGAUUCCUAGCAGGAGAUGGGAAGUUUGGGAUAUUGGCUGUUGCUGUGAAAAGAGGCUCAGCCAUUUGGCCAGAGAAAUCCCUGGUAUUGCCAGCCUGAUAAGUGGAUUUCAGGGGGCAUAGACUUCCUGCAGGGUCCUUGCAGAAGUUUCACACAUCACCCAGGGGUUCUUCUUCAGGAGAUAAAUGCUUUAACCAUUGUACUAAACAUUCAGUGGAAUCAGGUUUUCUCCAUCCUUUGCUUUCAAAGCAAGUUCAGCUCUCAGUACAAACUAUCUGUGAGCAGUGGGAUAAAAGUCAAUAUAAACUGUAUAAGAUCUCAUAAUAUAGAUCAAAAGAUGGAAUAAUUAGAAAGAUAUCAUUGAGUAAAGUCUAAUACAAUAAAUUUUCAACUGCACUCAGCUCCACCUCAAUAUUAUGUAAAAAAGUCUUAUGUCCAGCCCUUGUUUUGCCUAGAUAAUUGCUAUGAGAGACAAUAAAUUAAAAAUCUUCCUAAUAUUGCUAUGUAGAUUAAAAUGAAUUUAUUUUUAAAGUUGCUUUGUACAGAAGGUACACAGUGUUUUCUUAUUAGUGACAAUCAGUGUAAAUAUGCUGUACAUAGAUCUUGCAUAGGCACAUGUGUCUAGAGGUAGGUAUCCCAUGUGUAAAAAUAUUCACCAAAUGUGAUGUCUAAUUUGUAUUCAUAGGUGAUGACACUGGCAGUGUUUCUUUUUAAAAACAAGCUUCAUUUUCAGUGAAAUAGGAGCAAUUUGUGAAACUAAAUUUAAUGAGAUAUUUGAAAUAGAGUGGUUCAUUUCUUGUUUAGAAUAAAUAGGUAGAGGUCAGUCUGUUAGACAUCACCUUCUGCUCACUGAGAAUAGAAAAUGUUUCUUCAUCUUAUUAGUAAAAAAUACAAAGCUUCAUGAAAUAAACUGAGAGAAUAUAAAACCUAGUAGGAAAAAAGAAGUGAAAUUGAUAAGAUCAGAUAAUAUUUUAAUUUUGUAAAUUAACUUGUAGCUUCAAAUUUUCAUUCUCAGGAUGCCAAAUGUGGUCAUUUGGCUAGAGAGAAAGAAUGUAUUCCCUUACUUUGUUUCUUCAUUCAGUAACUGUCUUGAAAACAUAGUAGAUGAUCACAAGCAUCCACAAAAGGUAUUGCAGCUUAUGAACUUCCCUGUGUGACCAGCAGCCACGGAGAACAGGAAUACUCUCUAGCUGGAUGGAGGGCUGUGAGUGAGGAGGGGUCACAGCCUUUGACAUGAGACCCCUCAGCCAAGGCACGAGAGGAGCUCCUGGUGCAGCAGCAGGAACAGGCAGAGCCCAGCAGAGCCAGGCUUCCCUCGGGACUUUGCUUUUAGGUCUUGGCCAAGGCACUGCCAGGCUGAGCCAGAAUCUGCCUCUUCCCCUCCCUUGGGCUGCACAAAAAGAUUAGUCCAGCUGGGAGAGAAACUUGUUCCGUUUUUUGGGAAUUGUACCAGGUUUUGGCUAAAGAGAUUAGCACUUCAAUUAUGUUUCUCUGUUCUGCAUAUAUCUUUUGAUGUAUUUGCAUGAGUGCCAGGUUAGUGUAAUUCCUUUUGGCUGAGGUAUAGGAAUGGUCAGGCUCUCUGUAAGACAUAGUUUGUCCUAAAGCCAGUGCAAGUGAAUUUCUAUUCAUUAGUUGAUAGAGGCUGCUGAGAGCUCAUUUAAACUUCUGUAACUGAAGUUUUCUUCUAUUCCCAAUGUAAUAAUUCAGUUAUAUUCAACUGAUACCUGCAUGCACAAAGUUUACAUCCAACACCUGACGUGCUGCAGCCUCAUGCAGACUUUCAGUGUGACAUGAAAGGUGCUGUGGUCAGUCAGAUUCCUCAGGCAUCUCUGAUUUGAAAUUUUCAAGACUGCAGGAAGAAGAAAAGGAAGCUGAUUCAAACUCCUGAAUCAGGAACCUUUUUGCUGUUGAGAGGUGUAAUCUGUAUCUCAGAUUUCUAAUCUUUAACAGAAGAUCAAAGUGCAGUUGCAGAAGAGUGAAAGAGGUUUAGCAAAGCAGCCUGAGAAGAGAGCAUAAUGUUAAGGACUCAGACAUGGUGCAAGUGAAUUUUGUUUCUUUCCAAGUACAAGUUGGAAUGAAUCUCAUGUUAGAGGUGUGAAUACCUGUCUCAAGAAGGUGUUCAGGAGCAGCAGAAUAAACAAGCAAUAGCACAUAUCUAUAAACAAUACUUUUUGUUAUAUUGAUUCAUAUUAAGUAGUAUUCAGCAAUAGUCAGAUACCAGAAAUGCAGUUGUCCCAGUCUGCCUUUCAGAAAUAGGUUGUGGUAGAGAAGUAAGGGAGCUGGGGUUGUUUACCCUGGAGAAAAGAGGCUCAGGGAAGACUUUAUCACCCUACAAGUACCUGAAAGGGGGUUGAAGCAAGGUGAGGCAAGGUCUGUUCUCCCAAGUGUCAAACAGUAGGACAAGGUGGAAUGGCCUUAAGUCGUGCCAGGAGAGGUUUAAACUGGACAUUAGGGAAAAUUUCUUCAGGAAAAGGGUUGUCAAGCAUUGGAACAGGCUGCCCGGGGAAGUGUUGGAUCAACAACCAUGGAUGUAUUUAAAAGACAUGUAGGUGUAGUACCUGAGGACUUGGUUUGGCUCAGCAGUGCUGGGUUAACAGUUCCACUCAAGGGGCUUAGAAGUUCUUUCCAAUCAUAAUGAUUUUAUGAAAAAAAUGUUUUCUUUGUGGCCUGUAAAAAUAAGUGUGUUAAAUUUCAAACUAAAUGUCAGCAUGUCACAGCAGAGGGAGUGGCAGGCCUUUUGAAUCAGGGACAAAAUUCGGGGUGUCCUGUUGCUAUUAAAAUAACAGCUUGGAGGAGUUCAGAACAAUGUGACAAUAACAAACAGGAUUUUGAAGGCUUUGAUUGUGAGAAAAGUUCAGAGCUGAACAAGCAGUGAAGAGAGAAAAGGACUGAAUUUCUAUGCUUUUGUGCACAGGUGUGUAGUUGAGCAUCACAGACAUAUUUAGCCUAAAUAUUGUCAAAAGCACCUGAAGAGUAAGACUUGCUCAGAUUGGGAAAUAGUUUACUAAAGCGAAUAGUGGCUCUUAUUUUGGAAUUCUGAAACAAGGCAAUGAAUUGUCACUCACCUGGAGUUAUAUUCCUUAAAAUUAUAUUUUUCAAGCUUUUGCUGCACAAAGUUGUUUUUAAAAAGGCAUCAAGGCUUCAUAGCAUCAUUUGGAAUGUAUUUUAGAAAACCACAUGCAAAACAGAUUGUGUCACGGACCUGUACAAGCAGACCUCAGAUGUAACAAUUUAUGUACCUUAUACCUUCUAUAGAGUUUUUCAUUUGUUUGUUUCUUCAGUUCAACCUUUUGGCAGUUCUUGGCAUUUCUUAAGGAGAAUAGGACUUCCCUGCUUCUUGCACAGCUGGCUGUUGGUGCCAAAAGCUGUUUAAUUUCUGGAGAGAGGAAUUCUGCUGAAUACCUGAUGAUUGCUGUCCUUAAGGAAUUUUUCUUUCCUUUUAAUCUAAAAGGUUUCCCAUCCACUCCUCUUUUACUUUGCUGCUCCCAGCAAAUUCACAACUGCUGCAGCUGCUUCAAACAGCUGCUGUGCUAACUCAAAACAGAUGUCAAAGCCAGAGGUCUGACAUUUAGUGGAAAUCUACCAUUAAAUGCCACCUCAGUGGUUUAUUUGACCCUGCUCAAUAAUGGGCCACAGAGGAAACCAUUUUCACGCCGUGUUUGUGCCCAAACUACUAAAUCUCCAGGGAAUUGGCUCACGGUUAGAGAGUAAGAUUGGCAGGAUUUUCAAAGCCAAAUUCAUCUCUCCUGCAGCACUGAGGAUGGACAAGUUGCACCAGUUCAGGUGGCUCUCUUGGUGGACCAGGCUGAGUUUUGCAGUUACGGUUUCAUGGCAAAUGCAUUCUGUGAAUGAAGCUCAGAGAGGUAUUUAGGGGCAGCUCUUGAACUAGCUGAAGCUGGUAAGAGAGCUUCACUGAUUUGCAAUGCUGGGCCCCUGCUGGGAGAUAGUGAAGAAGUGGGAGCCAAAACUGAUUACAAAUGAGACCAUCAUGGCUUAAAAGAGCUAAGAGGCCAUGACAUAAUGUGAGAACAUUUGGGCAGAGACUGCUCCUCACAAUUUUGCAUGGUAUUGCCUAACACAGUUGUGGUGUGGUGCAGUGAAAUUACAAGAUCCCACAGCAAUAAAUGAAUGGCACUAAGAAUAGCACUCUUUUUUAGGAGUUUUACUUUUAUCUCAGUCACAUUAAAACACACCAGUCACAUUUUCUCCUCUCACUCGUGCAUCAGCCAGGCUCUGUCAUGAAUGGGACUAACAUCCUAAGUGGAACUAGCAACUUUCAGCACUACAAAUAAUGCAGUUUCUCUUAUUCUGACAUCAAAAUGUCUUAUGAUGCAAAGACUUUUCUUUUCACAUUUACUGAGUCAGUGAAAGACUACCCUGGAGUUACUGUACUGUGGAGUAUUCUGGAAAUACUCUGCCAUUUGGGAUACCCUGGCCUCUCCUGGAUUGUGUCACCUUCCCUGUGCUGAGGUCCUGGAUCCCACCACGGUGAGCCCAGGUCUGAGAUCACUUACUGCUCCCCUUCUGCUCAACAGAACUGAUCUGGCUGAGCCUCUCUGCAGCUGGGACAGUGGUGGGGUGGACCAGUUUCUUCCCUGUUUUAUAAUGCCCAGUUCUGGUGUAAACUGAGAAUAUGGUAAUGAAUUUAAUAAAACCUCAACAGAUCUCUUUUUUGUUUUGAGAAGAAAGGCUCUUUGCAGACCCAGAUCUCCCCACAGUGACAGGGGCAGUGCAGUAGUUGCUUUGUGCUCUCUGUUUUGACCUGGAUCUGCAGAGACUCCUGCAUGAAGUUUUUGGUGGUGCCUCUGCUUUCAGGCAUGAUGUGGUCACUUGCUGUGUACCUUUGCCUGUGAUGCAAUGCCAUGUAGCUUUCCAAAAAAAAAAAGAAAAACUCUUCUAUUUUGUAAGGGCAGGAAAUGUUGAUUUGAGCAGAAAUAAUAGAUAAUUAGGCACCCACGGAUUGCGUAUCAGUAUUUGGAUGCCUUACAGAACACAAAUUUCCAGUACUGCAGCAAUAUAGACAAUCUUCUUCCUCUGCAAUUUAUGCCAAACCAUACUCCUUGCCUGAAAACUUAGAAACAGGCAUUCAUUCAUAUGCAAAGAAGAAAAUAACGUAAAAUCCAUUAAACCCUUUUUAAUCUUCCUCCAGAAGAAAUUAGCUGUUGCUGUACUAGCGUGGAUCUGCUGCAUUUAACAAAUUCUGGGGCUGAUUACUCACCACAGACUGUCCUCACCAGCUGUUUUGUGUGGUGCUGAGCUACCCCAGUUACCUUCAAAUGCAUUCAUUUUCAAGCAGAAUCCAGUCUGUCUCAUGUAGAUUUAAAUUAAACACUGUGUAGCUGCAGUUGUAGGUGCUUGUGCAGACAGGAAGGGGUUUUUUAAGAAAUCCAUUAUUUUGCUUGUAGGCAGUUCCUUUUCUCUUCUUGACCCAAGCUAAACUGUGGACCCAAGCUAAUCUCCUGCUGGGUCCCAUUCCUGCUCCAGGACUCUUUCAAACCAGGCUGUAUUGUGCUGCAGUUUCUGCAGUCCUUAAGCUAAAGGAGACCUAAACCCUGGGGCUCUUCCUGAGAAAAUGACAAAGUAUGCAAUAGAUUUUGAAUCUUCCUUUUCAAGGAUUUUCUGUUACAUUAUUGAUAUUGGUGAGAUAUUCCCAUCUCCUCUUUUGGAAAGCAUUUUUAGGGAAUUUGUGACUCCUGAUAAAAGUGCCAGAGGAGGUCUCAGGCUGUGCAGACACACAUGUAAGUCCUAGAAGGUUAGGCAGGCCUGUGAGGUGGAGUCCUUAGAACUGAAGUGACACCUCAGCACCAGCACGUGUGGUACAGACAUCACUGGAGAUGAGAUUUCACUGAGGAGCAGAAUAAAAACCCUUGUGCAGAGCAUGUUGUUAUUGAACUUUUUGCUAUCAUUUUUAAUAGGAAGUGUGCUGCUGGGGAGAGGGAGAGGGGCAGGAAGGGACUAAAAGUUCCUCUGCUCUGUAAAUGGUAACCUCUGCUGU